CUUUUCUCUUCUAGAGAAUCAUGGAUCCUCCCCCGAGCGAGAAUACGAUGCGUGAAAUGUUGUCGAGUCUCGACAACACCCAGCUGGAGAAGCUGUGGAAGUUGAAUACGUUGAUGAGACUUGAAGAUGACCAGUUGCAAGAGCUACGGAGACUGCACGCCGCAAAGCAACUACAGGGCAUCAUCAAGAUAGCCAAGGAAGUGCCUCAUAAUAUCGCGGACCUCAUUGCCGAUAACCUUGAUGAUGAGCCCGUUGAAGAUUAUGUAGAUGCUCUCGAGACUCGACGUCAAAUGUUUAACCGAAUUAAUAACGUUGCGGUCACAUCCGCCAGCAAGAUCAGUGCAGCACUAUUUGCGGUUAUUAUGGUGGCUCCAGUGAGUGUUUUGGAGUCGAGACUCGCUCAACUGGAGGAAUCCAGUGAACUCAAAAAUCAAGCUGAAGUUGAUCGUAUGCUUGCUCAAUGGCAAAGUAUAAGUUUAGACGGCAUUCGAGCAUUUGCUAAUAAAGGAGGCCCUCAAAAAGGAGACUCAUCAGCGUCGACGUCGGUGGCAUCAUCAGUCGCAAAUAGUGACAUUAAAUCUCCUCCAGGGUCGACCAAAGCAAGCCCACAGAAGCGUCAACGCAAGACGUCGGAGGCCAAUAGUAGCGAUAAUUCGCCCUCGCCGUCAAUGCAGCCAAGCCCGUUGAAACGAAGCCGAGGCCACGGCAGAUCCAACUCAGAAUCUUCCUCAAUGUCUCAAGUAGCCCAUGCUCUUCGACCAAUCAUGGCUAGUCAGCAAUUCUCAAUUGGGCAGCCAUCACCAUCGACACAUGCGCCAGCGAAUGUAGAUCUAAGUGUGGCCACCUCGACAAGUUAUACGCGAAGCUCCGAGGCAGUGAAACUUUGCAAGAGUCGAGACGAUAACACAUGCUGUUUCACUGGUAUGCCCGACCCACAUGCUGCUUAUAUUUUCCCAUUCGGCGUCUCGAAAAAUGCAGCUAUCUCGCGUAUAACGAAUAUGCUCGAGAUGUUUUGGGGCGAGGAAACAAAGAAUAAACUUUCCAAGUUAAUUAGGGAUCGCAAAAUUACAGAGUCUCCCAAAAAUCUGAUCUGUAUAAAUCGACAACUUCAUACCUGGCUUGAUGACUGCAAAGCGGCACUUAAACCACUAGAAAAGCUGGAAGAAGGCGUUCGCGUUCAAUUUCACUGGCUUAAUGAAAGCAAGUAUAAGCCGAACUCUAUCGUAACGAAUUUUGCCACUUUUAAGAAGCAAACUGGCAUUAAUGACGGUAAAUCUUGGGGAUAUAAGAUUGCUCAUCGAAAAAGCGGUUUAAUGCUUAAUACAGGCCAAACUUUUGUACUGAAGUCAGAAAACGCAGAUCAUAUGCCUUCUUUUGAGCUUCUCGAGUUAUCGUGGAAUCUUCUUCGUAUAGCCGCGAUGUGUGGCGCUUCUGGAGAGCUGGACGAGUUAUCUGAUGAUGACGAUGACGAAGAAGUCUAUAGCGACGUUGAGGUUUAUUCGGCUAUUGCAGACGAGAACAAUUAUCCUGAUGUGCGCCAGUGGAUAGAAGCGGUUGAGGGUGGGAUUGAGAUGGAGACUGGCAAAGACGAACAGCCUGGUGAUGAUUUUGAGGGCCCUUUUUAGAAACAGGGGACUAUUCUAGAUCAGCAGGUCAUUUAGUCUUCUUGAUCAAUAAUGCGCCU